CAUGUUCAGUCAGAUAUGCGGAAGAAGGCGGCAGCCAAACACUCAAAUGCAGAAGUUGUGCCAUCAGUUUGAACACUCGCAUUUGAAACUAACAGAUAAUUACUUCGCCCUCAGACACUCGUCUAAUCAUUUUAUGAGAGCAACAUCUCGGCUGUUAGCCUGUCCGACAUUUCCUGUGCAGACCGCUUUGCUCCGAAAGCAGCCAUGAGAGACCACCUGAGCAUAUUGUUGUCAUUAUGCAUCGCAAGCCUUUUAGCGCAGCCCGCCUGCACCUUACACUCUAGGCAUCGUCUGAAAUUAAAACAGCUCGUGGGCUUUGCCUGGAAAAACUGCGGAUCGCCUGACGAUCCAGCUGUCAUGAAGACUCUAUCGAUAUCGCCAGACCCAAUCUCUGUUCCAGGAAACCUAAUGGCAAGUGCGACGGGGACAACAUCCGUGGCGCUCAUUUCUCCCGUGUCUGUGAACGUGACCUUGGAGAAAGAAGUGGCUGGUUUUUGGGUCAAGAUCCCAUGUUUGGAGGAGAUUGGGAGUUGCCAUUACCCCAACGCCUGUGACUUGCUGGACCAGCUGAUCCCUCCUGGACAGGACUGCCCAGAGCCUCUGCACACAUAUGGUCUGCCCUGCCAUUGUCCCUUCAAAGCUGGGGACUACACUCUGCCGCAGUCAGAGUUCUACUUGCCAGACAUUGACCUGCCCUUCUGGCUCACCAAUGGCGACUACAGAGUCCAGGGCAUUCUGGGAGCAAAUGGAAAGGAGUUGGGGUGCCUUAAAGUGAGCUUGUCCAUCCACUCGACCUGAGCCCACAGGUCUUACGCUGGACUAGCAGUGCCAUGUGCACAGGGGACCGUCACUCGACUGCACAGCCAUGGCAGCCAUUUCAAUGUGCAGUUAACUGUAAAGGGAGGCUCUAAAUCAGUAGAAUUUUCAUACAUGCCAUUGCAAGUUUUUUUUUUGUUAAGUUCCUCUUUUUCUUCUGAUGCAGGCUCAAAGAAAUUACCUCUGUUAAAAAAAAAACUAAAAAAAAAACUAUCUGCAGUUGAUGAUCAGAAAAGCUGUCAUUUUAUCUCUUACGUAUGUCUCAUUUGUCUCAUUUAAAAUCAUUAAAAAGGGGUUUAUGUCUGGGGCUAGGCUUAAUCCAUCAACAACAAACAAACAAACAAUCUGUCCCUGUAUUUGAUAAGGGACAUGUGGUCAUAUGAGGUGAUCACAGAUAAAGGACAAUGUUGUCUGAAUCACUAUUUUUAUCUUGCAGAAAAGCACUUACUGUAGUAUUUUUUUACUGCUUUGUAAGCAGGUACAUUUAAUUUGUUAUAUUAUGUGGGUGUUGCUGAAUACAUUGUAUUUGCCAAAUCACACAAGUUUAGUGCCUAAAAGAGCUCCUCAGGGGUUAAAUGGGUCUUCCAUUCACAUUUUAAAUCACAGUGUUUUAUAACUUUUCGAGAGGGGUGUUGCUGAUCACGUGGAAAGACGAAUAAAGGUGUAAAUGGAUGUUGAAUAUGAUUUAAAUUAUGUAUUUUACAGAAUGAUUUAUUUCCUCACAUUAUCAUAAUGCAUAACACAAUGCUGUAUGUGUGCGUGUAGGCUACAUGCAUGCAUGUGUCUAAGGCUGAGUCUACAACCUCAGUAAAAGAAAGAUAAUAUUUUUGAUACAACAUAAGGGUCUGUACAGGUUAAACAGCCAGUAGUCUUAAUAAACUCUCUGACCUUGCUACAUUUUACAGGCUCUUCAUAAAGGUAUGUUCAGUUUUCCUAGUUUCAUAAAAACACCCUUUGCACAAAAGGGAAGGAGUUGUGACAUGAUUGUUACUCAGUUGGGCGGCAAUCCAUCUGGCUAGAAGGAGCAGCAAUCAGAGCCUGUAAAAAUCAAACAUUGACGAACAGACCAAAUGUGAAAAUGUAAUGCAGGGCUCAGGAAUGCCCAUUGAUUAUAACAUUCAUGUUUCCAUGGUCCAUAAGUGCUGUGAACUUAGAGGGGUGUCCUACAAAGUGAGGUUACAAAGCGAGACUUAUUCUCUGGGAGUGACCACUGAUCCCAAAGAGUAUGUCACUUUUUAAAUGAUAGAUAUUCAAUGUAGUGUUUUUGUUAGAGAUCAGUGAUUACUUGUGACACUACUUGGCUAAGCCAGUAACUUCACUUUUUAAUACAGCCCUCAGGAUGUGGAGCAUAUGUUUAGAUGUUCAAUUGCACUGUUUGCACACUUGAUGGUGCCAUUUCCUUGUCGGCCUCAUUUUUGCCACGCAACUUACAGUAUAGAAAACAGUUAAAUCUGGAGGUUAAGGAAAAUCAUCAGAUCUUAUUGUAAAUGGAUAUUGUCCUUAAUGUUCAUGAAUGUAUUGAUGUCAACAACGAGAUGUUACAAUAUUCUCUGUUGCUUUGGAAAUUCAUCAAUCACUAUCCAUGGAUGAAAUUAUUUUUUAGAAUUCAGUUUGGUCUCAAUAUCACAUCUGUUGCUGGCAGAAUCUGAAUUUAUCUUCCCCACAUAUAAUUUGCCCUCAUUCCAACAAGUAAAGAUUUUGUCAAAAUGUGAUGCAAGUGAAUAAAGUAAUUAUUGUUCCAA